AUGCUGUACCCAGUUGAACUGUAUAAUGAAUUUCUUAAUCAAAUGGAAUCCAAUGAUUAUGAAUUAAUUGAUUUAUCUAGAUCAAAUAUAACUCCUCCCCCAGUAGUUUCAACAACUUCAAAAUCCACUCCAAUUAUUAAAAAUAAUAAUGAAGAUAUCCAAAUUACAAGAUCAUUAUCUGAUAAUUCAUUAAUUUAUAUACGACCUAAUCUUAUGAAUUUAAAACCCAUUGAUAUUUUCAAAUUAAAUCAUUUAAAGAAUAAUAAUUCAAAUUCUUCAAUUAGCUUACCAGUUGACUUUAGUUUAGAACCUCCUUCUCCAACUUUCACUUCUUUUUCAACUAAUUUGCUCAAUGACUUCGAUGAUGAUGAUGAUUAUGACGACUACGAUGAGAUAGAAGAUGAAAUCACCGAUCAAAUCGAUGAAGAUGAACUAAAUGAUAACUUGAUUUGUCCUGGUUUAUUCCCUAGUAUGAACAUUAAUAAUGAUGAUCAAUUUAUGACCUUUGAUCAGUUACCUUUGAAUCCAACCAUCAUCGAUGACUAACCCCCUUUGCAUCUCCUCCCCCUUGUUAUGUCUUAUGUAUUCAAUUCUUGCCUUUUAC